AUGGAGAUGAGUGGGUUACUGUGUGCGGUGGGUUUCACAGUUUUGUUUGGUGGGAUGGUUGCUUUGUUUGGGUUGAUCAAGAAUGUGAAUGUUUGGUUAUAUGAAACCAAAUUGGGUGAGAAAAGGUUUAACCUCCCUCCAGGCGAUCUGGGUUGGCCUUUCAUUGGUAAUAUGUGGACUUUCCUCAGAGCUUUCAAGUCCAAUGAUCCUGAUUCCUUCUUCGUCAGCUAUUACAACAGAUAUAGUCGAAUCCCUGGAGUUUACAAAGCCUACAUGUUUGGAAACCCAUGUAUCAUGGUUACAGCACCUGAACCUGCAAAACAAGUCUUGAUGGAUGAUGAAAAUUUCGGAGCCGGUUGGCCUAAAGCCACUCUUGAAUUGAUUGGAAAGAAAUCCUUCAUAGGCAUCUCCGACGAAGAACAUAAGCGUCUCCGGAAGCUAACUGCAGCUCCUGUCAAUGGCCAUGAAGCAUUAUCUGUUUACAUGAAGUAUAUUGAGGAAACUGCAGUGUCUUCCCUGGAGAAAUGGUCUGGUAUGGGUGAAAUUGAGUUCUUGACAGAGCUCAGAAGGUUCACUUUCAGGAUAAUUAUGUACAUUUUCCUUGGCACCGAGAGCGAACAAAUUAUGACAGAUCUAGAGAAGGAAUAUACUGCUCUUAACCAUGGAGUCAGAGCCAUGGCCAUUGAUAUCCCCGGAUUCGCGUAUCAUAAAGCACUCAAGGCUCGGAGAAAACUGGUAGCUGUUUUUCAAUCUGCUGUGAAUGAAAGAAGGCAGAGGAAAGCUGGUGGUAUUUCUGAUCCCGGCAGGAGGAAAGACAUGAUGGAUGCUCUGCUAGAUGUCAAAGAUGAAAAGGGCAGAGAAUUGAAUGAUGAGGAGAUUAUUGAUGUUCUUCUCAUGUACUUAAAUGCUGGCCAUGAAUCUUCCGGCCACAUCACGAUGUGGGCAACUCUCUUCCUCCAACACCACCCAGAAGUAUUCAAGAAAGCAAAGGUGGAGCAAGAGGAGAUUGUAAAGAAUCGACCACCUGGGCAGAAGGGAUUGACACUAAAGGAAGUCAGACAAAUGGAUUAUCUUUCUAAGGUGAUCGAUGAAACUCUGCGUAUCAUUAAUAUCUCACUAGUGGUUUUCCGGGAGGCCAGAAAAGAUAUGAAUUUGAGUGGUUACCUUGUACCCAAGGGAUGGAAAGUUUUGGUCUGGUUCAGGACUGUUAAUUUGGAUCCUGAAAUUUAUCCUAAUCCAAAGGAAUUCAAUCCAUCCAGAUGGGAUGAUUACAUACCAAAACCAGGAACUUUCCUUCCCUUUGGAGCAGGAAACAGGCUUUGCCCUGGAAAUGAUCUUGCAAAGCUAGAGAUCAGUAUUUUUCUCCACCAUUUUCUCCUCAAUUAUCAGCUCGAACGGCUUGAUCCAGCAUCUUCACUGAGGUACUUACCUCAUACAAGGCCUGCAGACAAUUGCCGAGCAAGAAUUGAGAAAGUCUCAUCACCAGCUGUGUAAACAGAGGGAUAUUAUACUAUCAUAUCAGUAUAAUGUUACUCUGAUUCCAGAAAUAAAUGAGCUUUAAACAUUUUACUAUCAUCAUCAU